UUUUAUUUAGGCAUUGUUUGUGAGGAGCGAGAGGCGCUCUCUCACGUCGGCAUCUCGAGUGGACCCGCAGCUCCAAUAUUUCGAUCGAGAUGUCCGACCUCGAGAAGCCUCUCCGCCCCAAGAAGGCGCGCUCCUGGGUCGACUGGGCCGUCCAGUUCCGCUGGAUCAUCGUCAUCCUCGUCGUGCUGCCGUGCUCCUUCACCUUCUACUCCCUGGAUUACCUCCGCUCGCAGUGGUCCGCCUCCAAAUCCUACAAGAAGCGCCAGAAGGAGCACGACGCCAACGUCGCCAAGGUCAUCAAGCGCCUCAAGGAGCGAGAUCCCAAGAAGGACGGCCUCGUUUGCACGGCCAGGAAGCCAUGGGUCGCGGUGGGGAUGCGCAACGUGGACUACAAGCGCGCGCGCCACUUCGAGGUGGAUCUCUCGCCCUUUGGCCAGAUUCUCGACAUUGACACCAAGAACAUGAUCGCGCGAGUGGAGCCUCUCGUCAACAUGGGCCAGAUCUCACGAGCCACGGUGCCGCUCGGUGUGUCCCUGGCCGUGGUGGCCGAGCUCGACGAUCUCACAGUAGGCGGCCUCAUCAACGGCUAUGGCAUCGAGGGCAGCUCCCACAUCUACGGCCUCUUCUCCGACACGGUGGUGGCUUACGAGAUCAUCCUCGCCGACGGCCGCCUCGUCCGUGCUACUGCUGACAACGAGCACAAGGAGCUCUUCUACGCCAUCCCAUGGUCACAGGGAACUCUUGGGCUGCUCGUGGCCGCCGAGAUCAAGCUCAUCCCAGUCAAGGAGUACAUGAAGGUGACUUAUUUUCCAGUUCGCGGGAGCUUGCGAGAUCUGGCGCAGGCAUACAUUGAUAGCUUCUGCCCGGCCGAUGGCGACCAGGAUAGCGCUGACAAGGUUCCAGACUUCGUGGAGGGGAUGAUCUACAACCGGAACGAAGGGGUGAUGAUGACGGGACGAUACGCGUCUCGGGAGGAAGCCAAGCAGCGGGGGAACAAGAUCAACGAGCAAGGGUGGUGGUUUAAGCCGUGGUUCUACCAGCACGCACAGACCGCGCUGGACAAGGGCGAGUUCGUGGAGUACAUUCCAACGCGGGAGUACUACCACAGGCAUACCCGGUGCUUGUACUGGGAGGGGAAGCUCAUCCUCCCAUUCGCAGACCAGUUUUGGUUCCGCUGGCUCAUGGGCUGGGCGAUGCCUCCCAAGGUCUCGUUCCUCAAGGCGACGCAGGGUGACGCUAUCAGGAACUACUACCACGAGAGGCACAUCAUCCAGGACAUGCUGAUACCGCUCCACAAAGUUGCGGAUGCGCUGGAAUUCUCGGACAGAGAAUUUGAGGUGUAUCCAAUCUGGCUGUGCCCGCACCGCUUGUUCCGGACGCCAAUCAAAACGAUGAUCACACCGGAGCAGAGCUUCGAGCUGUACCAAAGGCAGGGCGACACGAGCUACGCGCAGAUGUACACGGACGUGGGCGUCUACUACACGCCGGAGCCGGUGUUCCGCGGCGAGGAGUACGACGGCGCCGCGGCGGUGCGCAAGAUGGAGCAGUGGCUCAUCGACAACCACGGCUUCCAGCCGCAGUACGCCGUGACGGAGCUCAACGAGCACGACUUUUGGAGGAUGUUCGACGCCACCCUCUACAACGCGUGCCGCGAGAAGUACAGGGCAGUGGGGACGUUCAUGAGCGUCUACUACAAGUGCAAAAAGGGGAGGAAGACCGAGCAGGAGGUGAAGCAGGAGGAGCAAAAAGUUCACGACAACGGGUACAAGGAUCUUGAAAGGCCACUCGACGCUUGAUAAGUUUUUGUGAGGCUCCUCUUCUAAGUACUCUUUUGCUUGCUUGGUUCUCCUUUUCUAUUUUUUCCUCUAUCUUCUUUGUGUGCUUUGGGACACCAAAACUGAUUGCGAAUAAUUUAUCUGCGGCAUCACAUGCCUCGAGUUUUGAUCCAAACAAAAGGCUGGAAUUUUGCUCCGAGUUUCGGACAUUUUCCUGCAUUGUCUCGA